GCCGGCCUAUAUUUACCCGAGAUCUUCCUCGGGACAGCAAGGAUGUGAAGCUGGAGAGCCGGUCAGCCCUCGCAGCACGGGAGGGGCGCCUCUGCAAAGGCGGGCAGCCGACCGAGGGGAUCCUGGGAGAGGAGGCGGACACCCAGCGGAGAGAAGAAAUGAGGCAGCGACCGUUCCCGGAGCGGACCAUGCGCGCGCCAGGCCCUCGGAAGCCCGCGCUGCCUCGGCGGAGCCUUUCGGGACAGUGAGCCGGCUGAGCCCGAGUCCCCGGCGUUUGGCCGGAGGGAAGAUGCGGUGAGCCACUGCCAGACUGCUGCGCGGAGCCCGCGGUUGGCAGCCCGACCCAGCACCGGACUGCACUUGAGGUCAGGGGCUGAUUCUGGGGCCAGCCCGGCCGAGGGGCUCUCUGUCUCCGGCACCCCGUGAGGGUGAGGAGCGCGGGCCGCUGGGCACACUCGCUAUUGAGUUUCCGCGGUUUCUGGCCCCAGCCCCGAGGAGUGUGGUGUGUGUGUGUGUGUGUGUGUGUACCUUCUUCACGCUCGUCGAGGAGUUCCUGCAUAUUCUCUCACCAUCCCGGCUGCUUUUACUGGGUUCCCUCUAUUUGCACGCGCGCAUCUUUUUUUUUUUUUUUUUUUUCUGAAGGCGUUUUCCGCUCCACUCUCGUUCCGUCUUUCAUUUUGCUCUCUUAAGACUCUGCCCUUGUCCUUGCCCAGGCUGGACGAAAUCUGUGUGCGCUAAAUCUGUGUGUCCUCCCCCACCCCCCACGUCCCUAGCCCCCCCACCCAACUUCAGCUGAAUAUUUUCGUCUUUAAAAAAAGGUUCUACCCUUCACCUUUCGGCGGGGUUCCCUAACACUACCCCGCAACCCCGCCUCCCAUACUCCCUACCAAGAGAGUUGUAUUUUUCUGUCUUGCCCGGGCCAAGCCCGGCCGGGGCGGGUGGCUCAGUCGGGCUCGCACCCCGCGCCCCGCCGCCGCCUCCCAGUUGUGCGGGGGCGCCCUCCGGAGAUGCUGCCGUGGAAGAAGCACAAGUUCGAGCUGCUGGCCGAGGCGCCGCCACGGCAGGCAUCCAAGCCCAAGGGCUACGCAGUGAGCCUGCACUACUCGGCGCUCAGCUCACUGGCUCGCGCUUGCCCCGAAGGCGCGCUCAGCCGGGUGGGCAGCAUGUUCCGAUCGAAGCGCAAGAAGCUGCACAUCACCAGCGAGGACCCCACUUACACCGUUCUCUACCUUGGCAAUGCUACCACCAUCCAGGCGCGCGGCGAAGGCUGCACGGACCUAGCGGUAGGAAAGAUCUGGAGCAAGAGCGAGGCGGGCCGUCAGGGCACCAAGAUGAAGCUGACUGUGAGUGCUCAGGGUAUCCGCAUGGUGCAUGCCGAGGAGCGCGCGCUGCGCCGCCCGGGCCACCUAUACCUGCUGCACCGCGUUACCUACUGCGUUGCGGAUGCGCGGUUGCCCAAGGUCUUCGCCUGGGUGUACCGGCACGAGCUCAAGCACAAGGCGGUAAUGCUGCGCUGCCACGCGGUGUUGGUGUCCAAGCCCGAGAAGGCGCAGGCCAUGGCCCUGCUGCUCUACCAGACGUCUGCUAACGCACUAGCGGAAUUUAAACGGCUCAAACGGCGGGACGACGCGCGCCACCAGCAGCAGGAGCUAGUGGGCGCGCACACCAUCCCGCUCGUUCCGCUGCGCAAGCUGCUUCUGCAUGGACCGUGCUGCUACAAACCACCAGUGGAGCGCAGCCGCAGCGCACCCAAGCUCGGCUCCAUCACUGAGGACCUGCUGGGCGAACAGCAGGAGCAGGAGCUGCAGGAGGAAGAGGUAGAGGAACACACCGAGGGCUUCCUGGAGGAGGAGGAGGACCGUGCCGGGGAGCGUGAUUCGGCAGAGGAAGGCGAGGUGCAGCGGGCACUAGUGGUGGCCAUGCACUUUGAAUGUGGGGACUUGCUGGACACACUGGAGAGUGGCCGCGAGGAGGCGCUGGGGGGUGGCGGGGUCUCGCUGGGCCCAGGGGCUGGGCCACCGCCUCUGCUCCUGGGCAGCGCCUCCGACAUGAAGGCCGAGCUGUCGCAGCUCAUUAAUGAUCUGGGCGAGCUCAGCUUCGGCAACGACGUGCGCAGCCUACAGGACGACUUGCGGGUAACGCGCUUGCUGUCCGGCGAGAGCACCGGCAGCGAAAGUUCCAUCGAAGGCGGGGGCCCAGAUGCCACUUCUGCUACCGCGGGGGAUGGGUCUGGCCCAGCUGAGACCGCCAGCCCAGACGAGACCCUCUCGGGCUGAGCUCCCACCAGCUCCUGCGCGCGUCCCUGGCACCCCACCCACCGUGCCUCCCCACAACCUCCUGAGUCCCUCACCUCCCACCACCCUCGCCCGCCCCCUGGGAAGAGGAUAUAGGACAUUUGAGGUCCAGAGUUCUACCUGGCCCUCUCCCUCAACAUCUUUGGCUCCGUUUGAAGCGGGGCCCAGGUUGCACGUGGAGAUGUGGGGAGGUGUGCGCCGAUGGGGAGGGCAGACCCUACAAGGAGAGAGAGGCAGCCCUCUAGGGUGCAGGGUGAAAGAAGGGCCUGCCGAUGUUAGCCAAGGCCGGCAAGAGGUGUCUGCGGGCCAGUUUCCUGUUUGUGGGGAAGCUGGGGCCCGAGAAGGAGGGGUUAACUUCCUCCUCCCACCCCCUAAUUGAGAGCGGCUUAGUGCUUGUCAUUGACAGGUCAUUUGAAAAAAAAAGAAUUUACUCUCACAACGUUUGAGGCUUUCAUGCCACCUCCUUGCCCAUCUUUUUGGUCUUUUUGGUGCAGGAGCUUGGGUUGUUUACCUCAGAUUCAGACCCUUGAAAUUCUGCCAAAUUCCUCAAAUAACUGUUGGAGGUAGAGGGGAUGAAAGUAACUUGCAUUUUUUGUUUACAGUUAAAGACAUCUAUAUCUAAGAAAACGGAGUUUUCCUUUAGAAACACACCUUCCUCCUGCUCAAAAGAUCUCACUCCAUGAUACUGUGUAAAAUAUUUUUGCACUGUUGUGAAGUAUUUUUGACAUUUUUUUUGUACAUAACUGUUCUCGGAGUUGAAUGUUUCUAUCUUUUGCUGUGCAAAAGGGACAUGUAAAAAUGUUCAAUUGUAUAUACAGAAAUGUGUAUAAAGCAUUUUGUUAUUUUUUAAGAGCAUUGCCCUGGUUCUGUUUGCACGUCAGUGGGGAGAGAAUAAAGAGGAACAUUUAACAGAACAGGUGAGCGUCUGGAACUGCUGCUGAAAAUGGGAGGCGGUGUGUCUAUGGCUGGCAAGCUGUGGUAGGACAGGGUUUGGCCUUUUCAGGGCUUAGAGGUGAUUGGGUAAAGGGGAACCCGCUUUUUGUGUAGUCUGGGGCCUUUCUGGCCCUCCACAACUCUGGGUGCUGCAGCUGGGACCAGCCUUCUCUUUGAGUAUAUGCCAUAUUCUUCACUCAUUAAUUUGUGGUCUUAAUUAAUUUUUCUGGUCUUCGAUUCAAUUCUUAGAGAUGCAUGAUGUUCCUCACUAACAGAGCUGUGAGGUUAUUUAGGGAGGAGUGACUUUCAAGGUCUUCUAAGGUUUUACUACCUUCUGUGGUUCAACUUUUACUUUACAAACAGCUUAAGGAGCUUUAAUGAUGAAGUAGAAAUCUAAAGAAAGUCUCCAUGGGGGCUCUCUGAGGAAUGGGACCAGCUUUGUUUUUCCUGUGAGAAAAGUCAAAGACCAAGGAAAGCUGGUAAGUUCCAAUGAUGGCAGGAAUGAGUCAUGGUGCAAGUGGGGUGGUUAGGGAGGCAGGUGAAAGAAGUUCUUUCCUUCCUUUUACAAACCCAACAUGACCCAAUGGAGGAAUGGUAUGGUGGUCAAGGCCAUUUAGAAGAGCUUUUAGAGCUUGGGGUAUGUGCAUGUGUCUCAGGGUUUUCAUGCUUUCUGUGUGUUUGUUUCUGUUGUAAACUCCCAACAGAUGUCUCUAGUUUGGCUACAGUCAAUCAGCUGGAAGUUGUAAUAAGAUGCUGCCAAAACUAUGCCUCCUGCAAUUUUGUUUUCUCUUUGCCCCUUUGGGCCACUUUUCCUGGGUUGUAGAAAUGGACUGUACUCCUGGCCUUCCUUGGUGUCCUAAGGCCACUUUGCUUUGUUCUCAUGAUAUACAAUGUUCUGAGUAGCUUUGACCCAAAGAUCCCAAGGAGUUUGGAAUUCACUGGAACUAUAGAGGAUGGGAGGAUAAAAGAUUUUCUUCAUAAUUAAUGGGAUUGGUUCAGGCAUAAGACCAUCUUUAGAAAAGCAAAGCAAAGGAUGGGUGGGAAAUAAUUGAAAAAUAUUCAGUCACAGGGCAUUAGGACAAGGUCCAGGCCUUUGAAUCUAUUAUAUUUUGGUUUGGUUGAUAGUCCCUAUCCCUGUCUCCAGAUACCUUAGAUACAUAUCACUGAAUGACAUUUUAAAACUCCCAGGUAGAGAGAGGUUAGGAAAGUCAAAUCCCACCCUACCCAGACACCCACAUCAGUGUGCCUUCUAAAUGGUUUUCACCCAACUGGCAGACAGUCUUGCAUGACUAGAUUUCACAUUUCAAAUUAAUUCCACAUAUUACCAAGUUCCUCUGCUGUUUGAAACUGAUAGAACAUUAAACAGGGUGAAGAUCAUAUAGCUAAUACUUGGGGGCAGGGCAGGGUCUGUGUGUCUUCAUUCUCAUUCAGUUUGUGUCUAGUGAGAAUGCCACUGUUGGCUUUCACAUGUGAUCGAUGGAGGUACAGUGAUUACUCAAAAAGUUCAGACAAAUGAAAUCUGAACCAACCCCAUCAAUAAAUAUAAGGCAACUGUC